GUCACUGCGCGUGCGCGGAAAUUAGUUCCGGUGUUACGAGAAGGCUGAUUGUCUAGGCGGACUCGACAUUUCAAUCAAGUUUUGUUGAGCUUUAUUUUGUCGUAUUCAUAUUUCCAUGACAAAGAUCAGGUUAGGGACUUAGUUAAGUUUAUAAUGAAUCCAGAGGAACACCAGGAUUCGGAACAACCAGCCGAAAAUUGGCUAAGUAACUUUGAGGACCAGUGUCUGGACGAUCUUGAAUCGGAACCAAACAUGGAGGAUAGGCUACAGGCUGAGAAAGAAUACGCAGUUAAAAAAUUAUGGUUGACAUUUCAAAAUUCUGCUACUGCUAUUGCUCAACUGUAUAAAGAUCGUCAACAAGGGCUUUCAAUGUGGGUACCAUUUCAGAAUGCUGCAAUAUCUGUAACUAGUUUAUAUAAAGAUAGUGUUGAUACUGUGAGGAACUGUAUAGAUAUGGGCGUCCAGUGUGGCCGCCAACAUAAAACCAGAGAUAUUAUUGCUUGGGCAAAGAAAAAACGCCGGCACAUUAGAAGAGAAGAACUGUUGGCCUUCCUCUGUGGCAAGAACCCUCCCCCUCGUAAUAGACUAGGUGCUUCCCAGAGUCGCCCCCCUUCUCGUGUUGGCCUUGACCUUGCUGCUCCUUGUCUGCCAGCAGAUGAAAAGGCCAUUGAUAAUGACUUAGAGGCUUUCAGGGAGGCUAUUGCUUUGCAAGGUCUGAAUGGAGCUAUGUCAAACAUUAGUGUUGGAUACAACCUACCCCACAAUGCAGGGGCACAAGCUAUGAAUUCACUGCCUAGAAAUAACAUUGAAGAACUUAACCGAUUUAUUCAUGAUGAAUUCUCGAGGAACAGAAAGAGGACGUCUUCACCUGAUGUAAUAAUGGACUCGCCGUCAAGAAAACGCUCUCGUCUGAUUUGAUGUGCAUGAUCAGUUAACUAACAAAAUGAAAAACGCUUUUCUUUCCUGUGCUGCAGAAGUUGCCAAAAGAUUCAAGUGCACAUUUGUAAAAAGCAGCUUUCAUGUUGAAAGUGUACCUUGUUCCUGUGGCACCACAAUGUCACACCCUCAGCCAGUGGCACUACCGUGACUCCAAUAUGAACUCAUGAAAAGCAUUGUGUUUGGAGUGCUUCUCCUUGUUGUUUUCUUCUUCUUCUGUCCCCAGUUGCCUGCCUUGUAUCUGUAUGUGAUGAGGAAGGACUCAGCUGUCUGUCUAUAUAUACACCAUGAAUUGUGUAUGAUUGUGUCUAGCAUUCCUGGGAUGAUCCAGAUCCAAGGGGGAUAACUACAGCUAACUAAAUGGGUCUGGGUGUGGGCAGGGAUAGUAUUCUCUGUCUGUAAAUUCCAUGUCUUCUUCCUUUGUUUCAUCCUAGGUUUUUAUGAACAAUGAAAUAAUGUUUGGAUAAUAUGAUUAUUUUGGAUUUAAUCAUUUUGUAUGUACAUUGUUGGUUGUCUUAAUGUCGCUUAUAACAGUGUCAAAAGGGGCUCUAUGAGCUCGCCUUGAAUGAACAGUGCUAAACGCUAAAGUGAUAAGAUCACAUAUUGUAUGAAAUUUAACACUUAUUUAUGUUACUUUAAUUACUAUAUUUAAUUUUGAAGUAUUUCUAUUUUAUGACAAUUUAGAAGUCACUUUAUAUGAAGUUUAAAUCAUUUGGGAAAAUGUAGUUCUAGUAUUUUGGUUAGUUUCCUGUUCAAGAUAUUGACUAAACUGUCAACAAAAACCAUUUGUACAGUGUUUAUUAUUUACUCAUUUUAAAUGUUUUAAUCUGUUAUGUAUGUUAAUUAUAGCCUUGUAGAAUCAUAUAAACCAUUUUAUUGUUGCAAUCUAGAUCUUAUCACUUAAAGCUUAUUCAUGCUCAUCAUGGAAUAUAGAAACUUUGUAUGAUGAUGUGGUUGCAUUCAUGACCUAGAAUAUAUUUAUUUGUAGUGUAUUGAUGAUUGAUUCCUACAUCAGUAUAUCAAGAGUUACACAGAAUUAUAGGAGGUGUCAUCUGCAAGUCCAGGCUCGGUUGGUGUGUCAGUGCAGUGAUCAUGCACAGGUCUCAUGUGAAAGUCUUAUGCUUACACAAGUAAUUUAAGGUAGUCGUUUAGGCACAAAAAAAUACAUGAGUAUUUUGUUGAGUUAACUAGUAUGGUUAAAGGCAGAAUAUAAAAUCAGUUAUUAUGAAUAAACAGCAACUAUAUUUUA